CCUCUAUGCUUUAUCUCCCGAAAAACAAAAAAAACAAAAAAAAAAUAAUGUAAUAGGAAAAUCUUAAAAAAGACAACCGCCAUUUUUGUUCCAAGAAGCUGCGAACUUGAAGACCCAUAAAGGAAAAGCUCUCUCCUCUCUGCCUUCCAAUAACUCAGGUAACUAAGGAAAUUUUCAAUAAGUAGAAGCACCUCCGAGGAUGGAAGGAUUACUUAUGAGGACAGCUCCUACAGCUCCUGAUAUCCGGACACACGGGCUGCUCAGGGGACACCAUUCGGAGCAGACAGAACUCUUUAAAGAAAACCGCUUUUCUUUGAGGAUCCGAAGGCACGGGAGAGUCGGAGCUAUCCGAUGUCAAGAAUCAGAGCAGAGAGGUUUUGCCAACUCGAAGCCAAAGAAUAACGAGCCACCACUCUCGAGAGCUCAAGCUGUGCUUAGUCCAGUUUCUGACCCAACUUCAGUUGCGAAGAAGAGAGUUUUCACGUUCGGAAAAGGAAGGAGUGAGGGCAACAAGGGCAUGAAGUCCUUAUUGGGAGGAAAAGGGGCUAAUCUCGCAGAGAUGGCAAGCAUCAGGCUAUCGGUGCCUCCAGGUCUCACGAUAUCGACAGAAGCAUGCCAAGAAUAUCAGCAGAAUGGAAAGAAACUGCCCGAAGGCUUGUGGGAGGAGAUACUGGAAGGCCUUAAGACGGUAGAGAAGGACAUGGGAGCUUUCCUUGGAGAACCCUCCAAGCCCCUGCUCCUCUCCGUUCGAUCGGGUGCUGCGAUAUCAAUGCCGGGAAUGAUGGACACGGUGCUUAACCUUGGACUGAAUGAUGAAGUGGUGGCGGGUUUGGCGGCGAAAAGUGGGGAGCGAUUUGCUUAUGAUUCGUAUCGUCGAUUUCUUGACAUGUUCGGAGACGUUGUCAUGGGGAUCCCACACUCAUCAUUCGAGGAGAAGCUAGAGAUGUUAAAGAGCUCGAAAGGAGUUAAACUCGAUACUGACCUAACAGCCGGUGAUCUUAAAGAGCUCGUGGAACAGUACAAAAAUGUCUACCUUGAAACCAAGGGCGAAAAAUUCCCUUCAGAUCCAAGAAAGCAGUUAGAGUUGGCCGUAAAAGCAGUUUUCGACUCAUGGGACAGUCCAAGGGCCAUUAAGUACCGAAGCAUUAAUCAAAUAACGGGGUUGAAAGGAACAGCAGUGAAUAUUCAGUGCAUGGUUUUCGGAAAUAUGGGAAACACUUCAGGGACUGGAGUUUUAUUCACUCGGAACCCGAGCACGGGCGAGAAUAAGCUCUAUGGCGAGUUUCUUAUCAAUGCACAGGGAGAGGAUGUUGUGGCCGGAAUCAGAACGCCGGAAGAUUUGGACACGAUGAAAAGCUGCAUGCCUGAAGCUUACAAGGAGCUUGUGGAGAAUUGUGAGAUUCUUGAGAAGCAUUACAAGGACAUGAUGGAUAUCGAGUUCACUGUUCAAGAGAACAGGCUGUGGAUGCUCCAAUGUCGUUCAGGGAAGCGAACAGGUAAAGGUGCAGUGAAGAUUGCCGUGGAUAUGGUGAAAGAAGGCCUUGUUGACAUUCGUUCAGCAAUAAAGAUGGUUGAGCCUCAGCAUCUCGAUCAACUUCUUCAUCCACAGUUCGAGGAUCCAUCAGCCUACAAAGACAAAGUGGUCGCCACUGGAUUGCCGGCGUCACCAGGAGCUGCUGUGGGACAGGUCGUGUUCAGUGCAGAAGAUGCCGAAGCAUGGCACGCACAAGGGAAAAGCGUCAUUCUGGUAAGGACUGAGACGAGCCCUGAGGAUGUUGGGGGAAUGCACGCUGCUACUGGGAUCUUGACAGCGCGGGGUGGCAUGACUUCUCAUGCUGCAGUCGUAGCUCGGGGUUGGGGAAAGUGCUGUGUCUCUGGCUGUGCCGAUAUUUGGGUUAAUGACACUGAGAAGGUGGUCACGGUCAGCGACUUGGUGAUUAAUGAAGGGGAAUGGAUCUCGCUCAAUGGAUCAACUGGCGAAGUGGUUUUGGGGAAGCAGCCACUUUCCCCGCCAGCUCUGAGCGGGGACUUGGAGAUCUUCAUGUCGUGGGCUGACGAAAUACGUUCUCUCAAGGUUAUGGCAAAUGCAGACACACCUGACGAUGCUCUAACGGCAAGAAACAAUGGAGCCCAAGGAAUCGGACUUUGCAGGACGGAGCACAUGUUUUUUGCUUCUGACAAGAGGAUAAAAGCUGUAAGAAAGAUGAUAAUGGCAGUCAUUCCGGAACAGAGGAAGGAAGCUCUGGACCUGUUACUUCCUUACCAAAGGUCCGACUUCGAGGGAAUAUUUCGUGCCAUGGAUGGUUUACCGGUAACAAUCCGGCUGCUAGAUCCUCCAUUACAUGAAUUUCUACCCGAAGGUGACCUCGAACAGAUUGUUAGUGAACUGACAGAGGACACCGGGAUGACCGAGGAUGAAAUCUACUCUAGAAUCGAGAAGCUGUCCGAAGUGAAUCCCAUGCUCGGUUUCCGAGGCUGCAGGUUGGGAGUAUCCUACCCUGAACUUACAGAAAUGCAGGCACGUGCAAUCUUUCAGGCAGCUGUCUCGAUGAGCAACCAAGGUUUUAAGGUCCUUCCUGAGAUAAUGGUUCCUCUUGUGGGAACACCACAGGAACUGGGACAUCAAGUGAGUCUGAUACGAAGUGUCGCCAUGAAAGUUUUCUCUGAGAUGGGAACCUCACUGAGCUACAAGGUCGGGACCAUGAUUGAAAUCCCGAGAGCUGCCCUCAUAGCAGACGAGAUCGCUAAGGAAGCGGAGUUCUUCUCCUUCGGAACGAAUGAUCUCACUCAAAUGACUUUCGGGUACAGCAGGGAUGACGUGGGCAAGUUCCUGCCAAUUUACUUGUCCAAAGGCAUUCUUCAGGCGGAUCCUUUCGAGGUGCUCGAUCAGAGGGGCGUGGGGCAGCUCAUCAAGAUUGCCACGGAAAAGGGCCGCAAGGCUAGGCCUAACUUAAAGGUUGGGAUAUGCGGAGAACACGGUGGGGAGCCAUCCUCUGUUGCGUUCUUUGCCGAGGCGGGACUCGACUACGUCUCCUGCUCUCCUUUCAGGGUUCCUAUUGCAAGGCUGGCAGCAGCACAGGUUGCAGCCUGAGACAUACUUAAUUGACAGGAUAAUAUAUUUUCCCUUUUUGGCAUAUAUCUGUAGAUAAUUUUGGGUUUUUUAUACAGAUAAAAAUAAACAAACAACAAAAAAUUGUUGAUGGAUAUAGCGACAGCUCCCUUUGUAAGUAUUUGUGCUGAUGACAAGCAAAUUCUUCAUAGCAAGCUGCUGGAAUACUUUGACCAAUAAAUAUUAGAUUGAUAGAAAUGAUAGUGUUGUACUUUGUAUAGGAAA